AUGGAAAACCUAGAGACUGAACUGAAGAUAUACGCAAAGAAAUUGAUCGUGAAAGAUCAGGAAUUGAUUGAGAAGACACUGCCAAAUCAACUUUAUGCUGCCAUUGCAGUAAUAAUAUUCACUGUGCUUCUGUUUAUAAUUGUUAGACUUUUCAAACGUGAAUCUUCUAACACUGGGCUUAGUGGAAGUGGGAAGACUGUUCUAUUUUACCAACUUCGUGAUGGCUCCUCACACCAAGGUACCGUGACAUCUGUUGAACCCAAUGAAGGCAUCUUUGUGUUGCACUCAGAGGCUAUUAAGAAGCUUAAAAUUAAGCCUAUUCAUGUUGUUGAUGUACCUGGACAUUCUCGCCUUCGAACGAAACUAGAUGAUUAUGUGCCGAAAGCAGCUGGUAUUGUUUUUGAUGUGGAUGCUGUGGAAUUCCUAUCAAAUUGCCGCGCACCUCUAUCAAAUUCUGACUAG